AUGGGGAUUGCCAUGUCGAAAGUCUUUGCGGCGCUGUUUGGCAGCAAGGAGGUUCGGAUGCUGAUCCUGGGACUGGACAACGCUGGCAAGACGACGAUUCUAUACCGUCUGCAGGCCGACGAGAUCGAGCAGACAGUGCCUACUAUUGGCUUUAAUAUGGAAACACUGCAAUACAAGAAUAUCAAGUUUCAGGUGUGGGACCUCGGCGGUCAGACGAGCAUCCGACCCUAUUGGCGGUGCUAUUACCCCAAUACAGACGCCAUCAUCUACGUCGUGGACUCGGCCGAUAUCGACCGUCUCGAUAUUGCAAAACAGGAGCUACACGCUAUGCUUGAGGAGGAAGAGCUGAAGGACUCGAUCCUGCUAGUAUUUGCCAACAAACAAGACCAGAAGGGAGCGUUGAAUGCAGCGCAGAUUUCGGAGGCGAUGGGACUUUCGGACAUACGCAAUCGUCAAUGGUCUAUCAAAGAGACGACAGCAACACAAGGUUCGGGUCUUUUCGAAGGGUUCGACUGGAUUGUGACAUGUAUUAAAGGCGAAUAG